AUGAAAUCAUCGCGAUCACGAUCAGUUUCUUCCCGAUCCCCAUCUCGAUCUGUGUCCAAAUCACGAACUCGAUCAAGAACUAGGUCUCCGAAUGCGAUAGAAGCCAAGCGGAGUAACAGAGGUGGUAUAAAAGGCGGAUCCAGGAGCCGAGGUCGUUCUAGGGGCAGUAAGCGAAAGAGGUCUCAAAGCAAAAAGUCUAAUUCUCGUUCAAAGAAACGAAAGCGAGGAGCUAGCUCCAAAAAAAGUAAAGGCGGAAAAGGCAAAGGAAAAGGUGGAAAAAAACAAAAGCCAGCAGCAAAGCCGAAAGCUUCCAAAAGAAACAGAAGAAAAGAAGAAAAUCCCAACUCCAAAGAAGUCACUGAAGGAAAUGAGCCUACUCCCACAAAAGAAAAGGUUGAGUAA